AUGUCUAUCUACCAUAGAUCGUACGAACUCUCUCUGAAUAUCAGUAGUGCUUUGACGAGGAUUCAGUCGGAGCUGAGAUGUGGAGUUUGUCGAUCCACAUUCCGCAAUCCAGUGACGGCUCCUUGUUCUCACUCCUUUUGCAAAGAAUGCUUAAAUCAAGUUUUUAAACAUGGAAAGUCGAUAGAAUGUCCUCUUUGUCGCAAAUCGAUAACGAAGAGGAGUUGCACUUCAUCAGAACAACAUGAGUCGCUUGUAAAAGGAUACCUGCAGCUUGGGCGCAUCUUUUCGAUGGAGCUGCGGAACAGAAAGUGUUCAAUACCUAAAGAAUUGAUGUACAUGGAAAGCCAAAUUCCAACCGCACUCGGACCAUGUGAUAGCCCCAUACGAGACUUCCGGCCAGAACCGCAAUUCGUUUUACCAAAGCCGCGUAUAAGGAAGAAACAACCUCUCAAUACGCAUUCGAAAGUUCCAAAGAUGGAUCAGAUUUGUGAGGAGAGCGAAUGCAAGGAAAAUCUUCAAAUGUCAACAUCCAGAGACUGCAAAAGUAAUGAGGCUUGUCCUAUUAAAGUCAAGUCGAACAUAUUGGCGCGAAGAUCGGAAAGUGAUCUCAUCCGUUACUCAACGUCGAGAUCUGUCCCAGUACAGUGUGAACUUCCUGCUCUGAACUGUAUAUGUCAUGAUCUCCGUGGUUCUUUGGAAUAUUUCAAAAAAACGUGUAAUUUGGAUUGUUCUUCUGACUUGCAAGCGUUGUUUACAAUGGCUCCCGAAUACAAGAAGAUUUUAGAGGAGAACAUCAGCAUGCUGCACAAGUUUUUACCGCUGCCUUCUCGUUCAGUUGACAGCGAACUUUCUAUGAAAACAAAUAUGAUCAAUGAGGAAUAUUCUGGAGUCCUGCCAGAAACUCAGCCUUGCUCGUAUGUGAGUGACGAGACGCCCUUGACUGUCGAGAAAUCAGAGAAAGGAAGUGAGUCUUCUCAUUCUUCGGGUGGGUCAUUCAGCGACGUUGUACCACAGUCUCCACAAGCUAACACUGAUGACAUGGACAUCACUCUUCGGGCAAAUUUUGAGUCGUUCCCACAAGAAUUGGGGAAUGAGGUUAAAGCAGCACCAACUGUUUUGCCUUCAAUGGUCAUAAGUGUAUCGCGGUUAAGCUCCACAGAGGAUGAAGGCUUAGUGCGCGAAUUUUUUUCGUUGUUUCCAAAUGUCGCCUUCCAUCAAGAGAUUGCUUCUACGUCAACCCAUUUGGUCAUGAUGAAUUGUGGGGAACAGACUUGCGUGCGAAAGUCACUACUAUACGUUUUCGCUGUUGCGCAUAAAUGCGAGAUUCUCAGUCGACGUUGGUUGGAAGAAUGCGUCCAAUCGAAACUCCUACUACCCACGACUCCAUACACUUUGACGAUUGACGCUUCGACAUCUGAAACUCCAGGCUGGUUACGUUCGAAAUCAACGAAAAUACCACUGUUCGACCAAAUGAAAUUCUUCUUACCUCGUUCGUUUUCCGAUUCGGAACUAUUGCCACUACAAAAAUUGAAAGAUCUAAUAAUAAUUUGUGGAGGAAGUUGCUACGAUAAACCGUGGCAGCUGACUGGAGCUGAGAAGGCUUACACGAUUUUCAUGCCGAGGUCUUCUAAUUGGGAUGCAGCACAACGAUACGAAGCCAGCAUGGAUGGUAUACCCGUUAUUGUUGCCGAUUGGGUGCUCGAUUCAAUUGCUGAGUUCCGUCUGAUGCCCAUCGACUCUUACAGAAUUAGGAAAAAAUGA